GGCUCCCGCCCCCCCCCACCCCCGCCCCCAGGCCGCCUGCUCUCCGGAGGGGUGGGGGAGAGCCGCCUGCCGGAUCGCUGGGUUUUGCCUCCAAACUUCGCCCUCCGCCCCCCCCCCCACACACACCUAAGCCCCCACCCCCACUUUCCAGCAGCCUGGCGCUCAAGGCGAAGAUGUCCCGGUCCAACAGGCAGAAGGAGUACAAAUGCGGGGACCUGGUGUUUGCCAAGAUGAAGGGCUACCCCCACUGGCCUGCUAGGAUCGACGAGAUGCCAGAAGCCGCCGUCAAAUCCUCCUCCAAUAAAUACCAAGUCUUCUUCUUCGGGACCCAUGAAACGGCGUUCCUGGGUCCCAAAGACCUCUUCCCCUACGAAGAGUGCAAGGAGAAGUUCGGGAAGCCCAACAAACGGAAAGGGUUCAGCGAAGGCUUGUGGGAGAUCGAGAACAACCCGACCGUCAAAGCCUCUGGGUAUCAGCCGACCCAGAAGAAGAGCUGCCCGGAGGAUGCUGAACCUGAGCAGGAGCCGGAGGGCGACGGUGAGAAGAAAGGCAACGCGGAGGGCAGCAGUGAUGAAGAGGGCAAGCUGGUGAUCGACGAGCAAACCAAGGAGAAGAACGAGAAGGCUGGGAUCAAGCGGAAAGCGGAAGAUGCCUUGGAGGACUCCCCUAAACGCGCCAAAGAGGCGGAGGGCCAGGAAGGGGAGAAGAAAGUAGAGAAUGAAGAAGGCCCCAAGGAGGGAGAGAAACAGAAGCCCAGCCCCGCCGAAGCGGAGAAAGAGAAGAACAGCGACCCCGCUGGAGUCCCGGACGCGAGAGAGGCCAAGCCGGAGGGGAAGGAGAAAGCCGCCGCGGAGGAAAUCAGAGAUCACAAGGAGAGUCUGUAGCUGGCCGGCCUUCCCAAGCUGAGCUGAUCGUCUGGGCUCUUCCUUUCCCGCUGGGCUCCCUGGGUGCUAAACAGUUUCGUUCCUCAUCGGCUCGUCGCAUCUGCAAUUCGGGG